CCAGAGCUGGGAGGAGGCCAGGCUAUGCCGAACCCCGGGCCCCGCGGGGAGCCACAAGGGCCCAGACCUCAGCGAACGACCACGCCUCGGCGCCCUCCAGCAGUGCACCCCGGGGUCGAGCCUAGGCCCUGGGCUUGGGGAGGAUGCGAGGGACCCCGAACUCCUCUGAACCCCAUUCGCACCCGGGUCCCGGUGAUAGCAGCCGGGGCCGUUCCCUCGAGUCUGACCGUCCAGGGCUCUGCGAACAGCUGUUUAAAGGCUCUUUACUGUUGAGGGCUCUGCGGCGACGUUUGCUCUAAGUCCCAUCUGCCCACUUAAAAAAUAUAUUAAGUGAAGAGCACCCCCAGCUUCCACCCCUGACUGGGGAGGGGGCAGGUUGAGCCCUAACCCGUAUUCGGAAGGACUGGCCACUCGGGCUCCCCCGACCCCAACCCCCAUUAGCUCUUAUUUGGGAUAGGGCACCCCAGACUUCCUGGGGGCUGCUCUCUGGAGCCCCCUUUGUGCCUGGCAGGGACAGCCCCCCCAUUUCCAUGCGAGGUUCUGACGCUCCCUUCUCCCCCGCUUGUUAAUCUUUGUUCCCCUUUUCUGCUGAGAGGAGGGGAAAAAAAAGAGGGAGAGGGCGAAAGAAAAGAAGGAAAAAGGCGUGACUCGAUUUUCAAACGAAACUCCCACAGCAAACAAAACCCUUUUAGAGAAAUAAAGGAGGAAGGAGGAAGAAAAGAGGGAAGGGGAAGAAAAAAAAGAGAAGCCUCCAGGCUUGCAAUUCGAGUAGGAGAGUUGCAGCGAGAGAAAGAAAGAAAAGAAGAAAAAUCCUCUCUGCGGUAGAAAGAGAAAAAGAAAACUUGGGCCGAGGAGAGGGGGGUGCUGGGGGGGUGGAAGGAAGUGAGAAAACAAAAGAGAGAUAAAAGGGCUGCUUUUCUGUCUCUCUUCCUCUGCGAGCAGGCUUAGGAGGAGCUGUUUAGCAUCCCUUCACGUCAGCCCUGCCUCAUUCCCUUCUUCCAGGGAGGGAGAGAGCGCGAGCGAGAGAGCGAGCGAGCGCGAGAGAGAGCAGGAGGGAGAGAGAGAGGGGGGGAGAAAGAGAGGAGCCGGAGGGAGGGUGGCAGAGCAGGGCGGGCGCGCGUGGAGGCGGCGCGCAGCUGCAACCCGGGCGGUGGGCAGCAGGAGCCCCCGGCCCGCCCGGCCCGGCCAGCCGAGGGCCCCCAGCGCGAGGAGCCGCGCCCGGACCCAGGAAAUGCCCUCGUAGCCAGACGCCACGGGAUGGAGGGCUUCAUGGACUCAGGGACACAGACCGACGCUGUGGUGGUGCUGUCCUUGGCUCAGGCGGCUGUGCUGGGCCUGGUCUCAGAAAAUGAGCUCUUCGGAGCCACCAUAAGUGCUGAGGCCUUCUAUCCAGACCUAGGGCCAGAAUUGACUGGGACAGCCAUGGGGGAGCCAGGACCGCCAGGGCCGGACAUCUAUCAGCUGGCCUGUAAUGGACGAGCCCUGGAAGAGCCCCCGGAAGAGGAGGUGCUGGAGGUAGAGGCGGCCUUUGAGAAGCACACGCGGAGGAAGACACGGCCCCCUGUGAGGCUGGUACCCAAGGUCAAGUUUGAGAAGGCAGAAGAGGAAGAGGAACAGGAGGUGUAUGAGGUGUCUGUGCCUGGUGAUGACAAAGACCCGGGCCCUGCAGAGGCCCCAGCCGAGGUGGCCAGCAGCGGCUGCGAGGCCCUGGUGCAGAGCAGUGCCGUCAAGAUGAUCGACCUCAGCGCCUUCAGCCGCAAGCCCCGGACACUCCGGCACUUGCCGAGAACUCCAAGGCCAGAGCUGGACAUGGCCCCAUUCGAUCCUCCUUUCCCAGAUCCAGCCCGGGAUGGCUUCCCCGAGCCCAGCAUGGCACUACCUGGACCAGAGACUUUGCCCACUGAAUGUAGUUUUGAGCCGCCCCACCUGGCCCCAUUGAGCAAUCCUGAGCCUCCCAACAUGACAUCGACGACAGAACUCGUCAAACCAGAGCAGGGCUUCGUGUGGCAGGAGUCCAGCGAGUUCGAGGCUGACACGGCGGGUUCCACAGUGGAGCGCCACAAGAAGGCACAGCUGGACCGGCUGGACAUCAAUGUGCAGAUCGAUGACUCCUACCUAGUGGAGGCGGGUGACCGCCAGAAACGCUGGCAGUGUCGCAUGUGCGAGAAGUCCUACACAUCUAAGUAUAACCUCGUGACGCACAUCCUGGGCCACAACGGCAUCAAGCCACACUCGUGUCCCCACUGCAGCAAGCUCUUCAAGCAGCCUAGCCACCUGCAGACGCACCUGCUGACACACCAGGGCACGAGGCCCCACAAGUGCCAGGUGUGCCACAAGGCCUUCACUCAGACCAGCCACCUCAAACGCCACAUGCUGCUGCACUCGGAGGUGAAGCCCUACAGCUGUCACUUCUGUGGCCGCGGCUUCGCCUACCCUAGCGAGCUCAAGGCCCAUGAGGUGAAGCACGAGAGUGGCCGCUGCCAUGUCUGUGUCGAAUGCGGCCUAGACUUCUCCACCCUGACCCAGCUCAAGCGCCACCUGGCCUCCCACCAGGGCCCCACCCUCUACCAGUGCCUUGAGUGUGACAAGUCCUUCCACUACCGCAGCCAGCUACAAAACCACAUGCUCAAGCAUCAGAAUGUGCGGCCCUUCGUGUGCACUGAGUGUGGCAUGGAGUUCAGCCAGAUCCAUCACCUCAAGCAGCACUCUCUCACCCACAAGGGUGUGAAGGAGUUCAAGUGUGAGGUCUGUGGCCGGGAGUUCACGCUGCAGGCCAACAUGAAGCGCCACAUGCUGAUCCACACCAGCGUCCGGCCCUACCAGUGCCACAUCUGCUUCAAGACCUUCGUGCAGAAGCAAACCCUCAAGACCCACAUGAUUGUGCACUCGCCUGUGAAGCCGUUCAAGUGCAAGGUGUGCGGGAAGUCCUUCAACCGCAUGUACAACCUGCUGGGUCAUAUGCACCUGCACGCAGGCAGCAAGCCAUUCAAGUGCCCGUACUGCUCCAGCAAGUUCAACCUCAAGGGAAACCUGAGCCGGCACAUGAAGGUCAAGCACGGCGUCAUGGACAUCAGCCUGGACAGCCAAGGGAUGCUUAGCACUGCUGCUAGAGCAGCUGGAUGCUCGUAUGCCUCUUCUAGUUCAACACAGUCUGCAAUUCUAUGCGGAGUUCAAGGCCAGCCUGAGACCCCAUGAUGGAGCUGGCAGGCCCUGACCCCUCUGAACUUGACAACCAUCAGGAGAUGGAGGACUUCGAGGAAAACGCCUACACCUACAGCAGUGUGGACAGCAGCGCGGAGGCCAGCACCCUCACUGAGCAGGCCAUGAAAGAGAUGGCCUACUACAAUGUGCUAUAGCAGGCCGCUGAGUGGGCGGGGAGGGCGCAGGGUGAGACCCACAUACUGAGGGCUGCCCCUCUGCAGCCCAGAACCAAGCUACUGCCCACUGCCUGGCCCUCCUCCCCCCCAACCCUCAAAUCAUUUGCACCACUAGGGAUCUUUAGACCAAAUGGAGACUCUACUACUGUCCUUGCAGGGAGCUGGCCACAGGCCUAGGCAUCCCGGUGAGGGAAAGGUAACCAGGAGGUCCGCAUCUGGUUCUCCUUGGCCUGCUGCUGUGCGUGGGCAGGGGGAAUGCCAGUGAGGCCUCUUACAGGCACAGACUUAGAGGUCUUCCCCAAGCCACCUCAGGCGCGGAGGCGCUCUCCAGGAAGAGAAUGCUUGAGCCAGGCCUUGUCUCUCUUCUGCACCGACUCUGGCCUUUAAGGACAUCUGAACCCCUGCACUGGCCGACACUGCCCACCCCCACCCUGGUCAGACCCAAGAACCUCUUCCCUCCCCCUAUCACUCAAGAGCCAGGCAGGGCACUCUGCCUUCUACCUCCUGGGCCUCCCCUUGCUCCAUGCAGGCAUGCAUGCGGCCCUAGCCCUGGCCCUGCCUGUCGGAGAGCUGAGGGGAGUCCAGCCUCCAGAGCACCCUCCCAGCUGGCCUGCAGAGCUCCCCUGCCCCAGCCUCGUUUGAAAGAAUGUCCCUAAUGUGCAUUUCAACACAGUUCAUCCAGGUCUGUUCCAAGCUAAGGUACCAACCACAGGGUCCUCACCAAACAAACCCAGGACAUGCCCUGCAUCUGGCAAGCAUUAACAAAGAUAGAUGGCGGCUCCUUGAGCCAGCGGGGAGGGAGGGUCGGGGUGACAUCUCUGGGACCAAGAGUGGCUGUCCUCAGGGGAAGCCAAGGAAGACCACCCGUGGGAAGAGGGGAACUAGAAUGGUUUUGGUUUUGGUUUUUUAUGAGCAAGCAGGUGUCGUGGGGAGUGGGUGAGCUGUGGCUCAGCCGGCUCCGGAGGAAGAGCAACAUGUUUAACUGAAGACCAGAGAGAGGGAGGGGAAAAUUCUGUUUGCAGCAAGAAGGGUAUUGUGAAAGAAAUUUAUGUUUUCCUUUCCAACUCUCCUGUCUAUCAUCUUUGAUGGAGAGGGGUUUUUUUUGGUUUCUGUUUCUAUUGGUUUGUUUUGGGUUUUUUUUUUUUUUUUUGGUUUUUGGUUCGUCCAAGCCUCAGCUUUCUUGUGUGCUGUGUGUACUUCCUGCCUCCCUUUCCGAAAGCAGCCAUGCCUGAGGGGCCCUGGCCCAGGUGUAUCACUAGCUGGGAGCCUCAGAAGGCUAAGGCAGGAGGGAAGUGGGGGAGGCAGAGAACCUACCCGGCCCUCUCCAGUCAGCUGGCCCUCUUCACCUGUCCCCUCCCCUCCCCCCUGUCCUCCAUCCAUAAGCUCGCAAGCACCCAAACCCCUGCCCACAAAUCCCAAGGCCCCCAAGGGGAGGAGCAGGCGGGACUAACCCCAAAAAGGCAUAGAUGAAGCCACCAGCUUUGGCUGAAAAACCAAGAGGGGGAGACCAGCUGAGGCAGAGGGUGUUGAUUCGCAGUGUGACAGCCCCCAAGCCAGGCCUCAGGGUGACUGUUCAGGACUGGGGAUGAGGGGGACACAGUGGCCCAGGUGUGGUUUCCCAUGGCUCCCGGCCUCCCAGGUGCCCAUCAUGAUGACCCUCAGGUGGCAGUGAUUAGCUAUCACUGUACAAGACAUUUAUUUCUCCUGCUGAGCAGAAGGCAUCACCCCUGCAAACUACCUCUUCCCACAAUGACUUUCUCCCUGGUACCAAAAAGCACCCUGUACCUCCUCCUUCUUCUCUUCCUCCUCCUCCUCUCCUGCCAACGCAGUGGCCUUGGUCUUGGAACAGAAGGGAGAAGUCUGGCCUGGGUGGGGUCUCCCACUGUCCCCCAGCCUGCCAUUGGCACAACCCCCUUGGGGAUGCCAUACUGAAAAAGCCCCUGCCCUCGCCUUGUGCCGGGCAAAGCGGAGAGGAAGGCACAGCACAGUACACAGUUGGAGCUGGAGGUGGUCCUGGCACAGCUCCAGCCUCACCCCUCCCAGGCUUCUGAAAAGGGUGACUCAGAAGCCCUGGCCGAAUUCCACUCUAACUUAUUUUGACAUGUAUACAAACCAACUGUUUAGAGAUUCCUCUUGUGCAGAGCCCUACUGUGUUUUUAUGUUCCUGUUUAAAAAGAGAAGUUUACUUAGCAAUAAUUAUAAAUAAAUGAAUAUUCUUUAGCGAG